GACUUAUGUGGCUUUUGGCCUUUUGGUUUUGGGGAUAGAAGUAGAUGAAACAUCAUGAAAAGUUCAAGGAUACAGUUGGUCCUUGAUGGACUCCAUCAUCAUUCCCGUGAUGACCAUACAAAAAGAAAAAGAUUUGUUCAGUCUUAAAGCUUCUUCAAAUAAUAAAAUGAUUAUAUACACACAAUGAGGUAUACCCUCUUCGUUCAUCAUUGAUUCCCCUUCUUCUUUAAUAUUCACAUUAUGAACGACAAAGGAAACAUGGAGACUGAAGCUUCCAUAGCGGCGAUGGGCCUUGGGGGUCUGUCCCGUCAGACCAGCAUCACUAAGACCAUUUGCAUUUGCUCACCGACCACUCACCCGGGGUCAUUCAAGUGCAAGCUUCACCGGACUCCUUCGCUGCAGCGUAACAAAAGCGUUGAGACUAACAUUCUUCAAAGUCUCAUGACAAAGCCAGAUCAUUCUAAGUAGACACUAGGAAGCUUAGGGUUUGUUUUUGUUUAUUCUUUAGAGCAUUAUGCUAGUGACCAAACAAGGUAGUAGUUCUAUUCUACUUUCUGUCUCUACGUCUUGUAGUUAUUGGUUUUAUAUGUGGAAGGUUUCUUUCAUCUAGAGUAUGCGUAAAAUAUUAACAUUUACUUUCUUCUAAUCUCUAAUAAAUUGAUUAAUAAAAUAUAACUUUCCAACUUAUCAAUUUUGACACAAUCUUUCAAAUGUUAAGCUAUGUCAAAAAAUGUUUUUCUUUUUCUUG